AUGGUGUUGAGCUCGUCUCCAAGAUGUCCGGCCAUCUUCUUUCCUGGCAAGACUCUUGCGGGAGUAGUGUUCAUACCUGUAGAUCCUGCACUUCUAUGUGCCAGAGAUGUACCGUGGGAGGCUGGUAAACCAGAAAAGUUCCAUCUCUUCAUCACACCGGCAAAUCCUUUACCCUUAGAUUUGGAAAUGAUGUCGACUUUUUGUCCUGGCUUGAAAUGGUCAGCCUUGAGUUCUGUGCCAAGCGGAAGAAGCCCCUGUUCGCUUUUCACUUGGAACUCCAAAGAAUCUCCAAGAUAUCACGUCUCCUUCUCCAGUUUCAGGUCCGUAAAGCUCUCCAACAAUGUCUCUUUGGUGGUCAAUAUCAACGAUGGUUGGACUCUCGAUAGAGUUCAAGUGAGCGUAGAUGGUGUCAGUCCAAACAACAGGUCCGGUCCAUUCCAUAAUGUCCACGGAAGAACAUCUGUCAACACCCUUGAAAUCUUUGUAGUAUGCCUGCAGUUUGUCGUUCUUCUUGGCCUGGAAAGUGGUUUCCACAAUCUUGGCAAUCAAUUUUCUGAGAAUAGGAUGUCUGGCCUUGGCCUUAAAUGUCCAUUGUUCGAACUGGAUUCUUCUGGUCAUGUAGUGUUGCCAGUUCUCAACGUUAAUGUCCUCUUCAACAGCCACCACGAAACCCACAUUUCUAUCAGAGUCGAACCACGCAUCGACCGGUUUCUGCAAGUCCGUGUCAAUAUCUCCAUAGACUCCUCCGUUCAGGAAAAUCAACAAGUAUCUAGAAAAGUCGGACUUGAUAAUCUUGUUUGGGAGCAUCUCGAACGCCUCCAACACCUCAGGAACGGUGUCCUUGAAACGGAUUUUCAAAACCUCCAAAAUCUGCUCGUCUGUGAGCAGGUUGUACUUGUAGGUUGGGUUCUCGUUCUUCCACUUGUUAACCAGCUCUCUGUGCGGGAAAUCUGGGUCGGUGGAUGGAACUUUCCACAUUUGCCAGAUGUUCUUUUCGAUUCUUCUGGCACUGUUGUCAAAUGGGAAGAAUUUAGCAAGUCUGUCUGCGGUCACUGCAGCAUCAUAUGGAUUAGCACCGCGGGAUUUAGGAUUAAGUCUGUAAAAGUUGUUGAGUGCCUCGGAGAUGAUUUGGUCUUCUGUGUUGAUAGACCAUCCGGUCGAAAAUCUGAACAAAAUCAGACCCAACACGAGUCCGACGAAAAUGGACAGCUUUCUGAACCGAGGCGACACCGACGACGAGGUCGAGUUAAUACCUCUCGAGGCUUGAAGACCAAGUUCGUCGAACAGUAUCCGGGAUUCGAGUCCAUCAUCGACGAGCUUGUGCCAAAGAAGUCGACUGUGAUGCACUACAAGUGUGAGGACAAAAUCCAGCUCUAUUUGGUGGACGGAGAGGUCCUGUUCUACCAGAAGUUCGACGAGCUGCUUCCUGCAUUGAGAUUGGUCCACAAAUACCCUUCGCUGUUCCCUAGAGUCCAGGUCGAUCGGGGAGCCAUCAAAUUCGUUCUUUCCGGAGCAAACAUUAUGUGUCCCGGUCUCACAUCCAAGGGCGGAAAACUGCCGGACGAAAACAUACCCAAGGAUACCACGGUGGCGAUCUACGCCGAGGGAAAAGAGCACGCGUUAGCCGUGGGAAAACUAUUGAUGAGCACUGACGACAUUAAGACCAUUAACAAAGACGUGGGAAUCGAGCUAUACCAUUACUUAGGCGAUGGAUUAUGGACUUUCCGCGAAUAA